AUGAACUGUUUAUUCAACAGUUUGAGGAUGUUGCAUGUUCAAUAUUUGCACCAUUCUCUACAGGAGUUGUUAAAAAGUCAUCAAGAAUGUCUAAAGUUGCAGAGGGAGGUGGCAAAAGACAGACAGAAGAACCUGGCCGAGCAACAAUCGGAAAUCUCUAAAAAGUCCUAUGUGAUAAAGGAGAACAUAAUAAGAAAAUAUCUGGAGAUCCAAGCCAUCCUGGACAACGACCUGAGGACAACGCUGUCGCACUUGGAAGCAGAGGAGCGAGCUGCUGUCUCAACUCUGGACUGGCUCAUGGAAAGGAACUGGUCUCUGAUGCAGAAGACGGAACAGGACCUGGCAGAAAUCACAGCAACUCUAGACCAUGUGAAUUUACAUGCUCAUGCAAUGCCAGACCAUAAAGAUGCAGGGGUGAUGGAUAGAGGUCCACAUGCACUCGAUGGGACAGAGUGUUGCAGCGUGAGCUUGGACGCCGCCAAAGCUGAGCAGAUUCUCAGUCUCACCGACAACAUGCUUCUGUUCAUCUCGUCUCUCACUCCUACCAUAAAGAAUCUUGUGAAAAGUUAUUCAAGUGAUGUGUGCUUGGAUCCAGAUACAGCCCAUCCCAAGCUGCUCAUAUCUCCUCAAGGAGACAGUGUCACCUACACGGACACAUGGAAGGAGCUUCCUGACACCCCUUUACGCUUUGACACCACUCUUAAUGUCAUCAGCUUGCAAAGUUUCAGUUUUGGCUGUCAUUACUGGGAAAUGGACGUGACGGGCAAGACCUACUGGGAGCUUGGGGUCACGUAUCCCAGCAUUCCACGCAAGGGCAUCGCUGAGGACUGCUGGCUGGGUCGAGGAGAUGAGUCGUGGUGCGUGGAGUUUUUCGGUGGGGAGUAUACAGCCUGGCACCGAGGUGUGCCCCAUCGACUGCUUGUCACAAAACAGUACUGUCGAAUUGGAAUUUUGUGUAAUUUCCCAGCCGGGUCAGUGAUGUUUGUGGAUGCAGACGAUAUGUCACCGCUGUUCUGCUUCUGCGCGGGGAGCUUCUCCGACAGCCUCCACUUGGCUUUGUGUCCUGGCCACGAUCACAAUGGAACCAAUGCAAAACCUAUUGUAAUAUGUAAUGCAAUAUCUUCAGCUCCACUUGUUUGAGAUUCAUUCCCAAGCCUAUGGGCUGAUCUUUAAUUCACCAAACAAACAUGUUUUUGAAAUAUGGAAGGAAACCGAAUAACGCAGGGAAA